GCUACAUCUUGAAAAAGUUAGGUUAGAAAUUAUGUCAAACGUUUGUUUUGAUUGUUGAUUUGUUGGAAAAUCGAUUUUCAAUUUAUGUAAAAAUGCAAAUUUAUUAAAAUUAUAAAUGAAGGGUCCAAUAAAAACAUUCAAAAAGUAAUGUCCAGGCUUAGGUGAGGAAAUAAAAUAGGAAUCGCCAUAAAAUGGAACCAAACGCAAAUUCCAAAAAGUUCAUAUCAAUAGCAUCCUGCGCCUGGGCCAGCCACUUUGUCUCAUUAUGGGGUGGAUUUGUAUUCGACGAUUCCGAAGCCAUUGUCAAAAAUAAAGAUAUUUUGCCCAGUACUCCUAUACAAUCAGUUUUCUUGAACGAUUUUUGGGGUACCGCCAUCGGUCUGAAUGUCAGCCACAAAAGCUACAGACCAUUAACUGUGUUAUCCUAUAGGUUGAAUAUGUUUUUUUCCAAUAGCCGGUUAGAUGCUUUUCAGUUUCACACUGCCAAUGUAGUUUUACAUGGUAUUUUAUCCAUAAUGAUUUUGCCUUUUUUUGAAUGUUUACUUAAAAGAAAAAAGCAUCGAAAAUCUUUGGCGCCUCUGGAUGAUCCAGCGUUUACUGGAGCACUACUUUUUGCCACUCAUCCUGUACAUUCUGAGGCUGUAGCUGCACUUGUCGGCCGUGCAGAUAUAUUAGCAGCACUACUUUUUGUAUUGCUCAUUAUUUUAUAUAAAAGUUUCACUGGAUAUUUUAUGUGGUUUUUGGUUGUUUUAAUAUUCACUGGUGCUGCUGUCUUAUGUAAAGAAACUGCUAUAACAGUGUUGGGUGUAUGUCUAGUAUAUGAAAUUUAUUUGAGAAAAAAACCUUCGAAAGCUUGGAGUGAAGUUUUCACACAGAAAUUACUCAUUAGAGUGGUGCUUAUGGGGAUUAUUGGAACCAUUAUAAUGUUUUUGAGAUUGAGAGUGAUGAAUUUUGAAGGUCCAACUUUUAGUCCUACUGAUAAUCCUGCUGCUUUUGCUGAACGAUUAUUUAUAAGGAUUUUUUCAUACAGCUACAUAUAUUUAAUGAAUGCAGUUUUACUUAUAUGGCCUCAAUGGUUGUGUUUUGAUUGGUCUAUGGGAUGUAUACCACUUAUACAAUCUUUUUCGGAUAUUCGCAUUUUACCUGUUAUAUGUUUUUGGGUUUUUAUUGCUGCUGCAAUAAUACGAAUAUUAAGCGAUUGCGUAAAACGUGAAAAAAUAGAUGUAAGUGUAAUGGGUGCUAGUCUAAUUUUAAUACCAUUCCUUCCAUCAAGUAAUUUAUUGUUAAAAGUUGGAUUUGUUGUUGCUGAACGUACUUUGUUAUUGCCCAGCGCUGGGUGUUGCCUUUUGGUAGCUCUUGGGUUGGAAAAACUUAAAAAUCGUUAUGAACAUUUGAAGUUGGCGUUUACAACUGUUUAUAUAUUGCUUAUAACAACGUUUAUUGUGAGAAGCAUAUACCGUAAUUGUGAUUGGAUUAGCGAGGAGCGACUUUAUAAGUCUGCUUUGAAUGUGUGUCCUCUCAAUGCUAAGGUUCAUUAUAAUAUUGCUAAGGUGGCUGCUGAUAAUGGUAAAUACGACGAAGCCUUGAGAAGCUACAAAAAAGCAUUGGAUUUAUAUCCAAACUAUGAACAAGCUAUGAACAAUUUAGCAAACUUACUGAGAGAAAGUGGACAAUUAGAAGAAGCUGAAAUAUUGUUGAGAAAAGCUGUAGACGUGAGGCCAAACUUUGCGGCGGCUUGGAUGAAUUUAGGAAUUGUUUUGAGUGGAAAAGGUUUGACAGAGGAAGCAGAAUCUUCGUACAAAAAUGCGCUCAAGUACAGAACUAGAUAUUCUGAUGCUCAUUACAAUUUAGGGAAUCUCUAUUUGGAUUUGAAUAGGCACGAGGAAGCUUUAGUUUCCUGGAGAGAGGCAGUAAAAUUGAGGCCUAGUCAUGUUGCAGCAUGGGGCAAUGCUUUGGCUUUACUUGACUCAAAUGGUCGGGCCCAUGAAGCUGUUGAACUUGGCGCUCUGGCUUUGCACCACGUGCCACGAGCACCCUCUAUACAUUUUGCUCUAGGAAAUGCUUUGGGAAAACUCAAUAGAUUUCCUGAAGCAGAGUCUCACUUUUUACAAGCAAUAAAAUUAAAUGAAACCAAUGCUCUCUAUUAUUCCAAUUUAGGUGUUUUAUAUCAUCGUUGGGAAAAACGGGAUAAAGCCGAACAAAUGUACCUGAAAGCUCUAAAACUCGAUCCUAAGCUCAACUCUGCAAGAGUAAACUUGCGCAAACUCGAAAGCGCUCCUAGUAAUAAUAAUGCUCAUCAUUUCAAAAAUCAUACAUAGUAUUUGAGAAUAUUCCAUUUUAUUUGUUUUAGGUUGUAACCUUGUGAUAUUAUUAUUUAAUUUUUAUUAAAUUAUAAAUGUGUUUUUAUUUAUUGAUGUAAAUAAUUUGCGUUUGAUUUUUCC